CGCCCCGCGUCUCGCUUCUUCGCGUUCGCGCGCGACCGCGAGAUGGCACCCCGGCGGGACCGCGCCUCCCGCGCGGCGUCGCCGAGGACGUCGUCGUCGUCGCCGCCGGCGGCGGCGACGACGACGCGGACGCCGCGGACGCGCCGCGUCGCGCCCGGCGUCGUCCUCUUCGCGAUCUUCUUCCUCGUCGCCUCCGCCGCGCUCCCGACCGCGGAGGCUGGGUUCAAGGUGGAGAAGGCGACGUUCCGCGUGAACGCGCCGUCCAACAUCCAGGGGACGUACGAGAUGGCGAUCGCCAACUUCGGCGUGCCGCUGUACGGCGCCGUCCUCAACGGCGCGCUCGCGUACCCGCCCGUCGAUCACGAGGCGUGCGAUCCCUACCCAGCAGACUGGCGCGCGCCGAAGCACCCGGGCCUCGGCGCGUCCGUCGUCGUCGUCGACCGCGGCGACUGCGCCUUCACGCGCAAAGCGUUCCACGCGCAGCAGGCGGGCGCGGACGCGGUGAUGAUCCACGACAACGUCGCGGAGACGCUCGUCACCAUGGACGCCGCCUCGGACGCUCAGGCGCGUUCAUAUUUUUACACUGGUCCCCAUACGACGACGUUCGCGUGGUGCACGCCGAUCCUUAAGGACUUUAUCCCCCGGCGCAUCUCUCCGCCCAGGUACGCGUCAAACAUCACCGUCCCGGUGGCGCUCAUCACGAAACAGGUGGGCAACGUCCUCGAGGGCGUCCUCUCGCAGGGACACAACGUCCUCGUGACGCUGAACUGGACGGACGUGAUGCCGCACCCGGACGAGCGCGUGGAGUGGGAGCUGUGGACGAACAGCGGGGACGAGUGCGGGCCGUCGUGCGACGCGCAAAAGACGUUCAUCCGAGACAUGGCGCUCACCGCGCAGACGUUGGAGCGAGGCGCGUUCACGCAGUUCACGCCGCAUUACAUCACGUGGCUGUGCCCGCCGGAGUUCAUCGACGAUCCCGCGUGUGUCGCGCAGUGCAUCAACCGCGGGCGGUACUGCUGCCCGGACCCGGACGACGACUUCCGCGCCGGGUUCAGCGGCGUGGACGUCGUGAUGGAGAAUCUGCGAUCGCUGUGCGCGUUUCAGAUUUUGAAUCAGACGGAGACGCCGUGGAAGUGGUGGGACUACGCGACGGCGUACGGCGAGAAGUGCACGAUGGCGAACGGGCGGUUCGGCCAGGAGAGCUGCGCGAUCGAAGUCCUGAGCGACCCGAAGGUUGGCGUCGACGUCGACGCGUGGCGGAGGUGCGUCGGCGACCCGAACGCGGACGCGAUAAACCCGCUGCUCGAGGCGGAGCAGCGCGCGCAGGUGGACACCAGCGCGGACCGUGAACGCGGCGACAUCGUGCUGCUUCCCACAGUGGUGAUCAACGAGCGGCAGUUUCGCGGGAAGCUCGAACGGAGCGCGGUGCUGGACGCCAUCUGCGCCGGGUUCGAGCGCGGCGCGGAGCCGGAUCUGUGCGCCGCGGGCGCGGACCAGAACGACGCGUGCGCGGCGGGAUCCGUCGGCGCGGUGCACUGCGCGUCCGACGCCGACGGCCUCAGCCUCACCGGCUGCGAGGAGAUCUCGCGGUACCCGUUCUAUCAGUGCGCGUGCCCGCUCGGGCGGCGGAAAGUCACGCGUCCGGAUGGCAACUUCACGUGCGAGGAGGUGAACGAGUGUCAACGCGCGACGGUGGAGAUGCCGUCGUGCUCGUGCGAGCGGUGCGUGUGCCGCGACCUUCCGCUGGGGGAGUUCACCUGCCACGAGGAGCCGCCGAGCGCGUGCGCGGACGCGGGCGGAAGGAGCGGCGUCGACGAAACCCCCGGCGGGUGCUGGGUCUCCGCGGAUGGCAAACACAACGCGUGUCGCGAUAACAUCGAGGCGAAGAAAGCGACGGGGUUGAAAGGCGGCGACCCGGCGACGAUCCCGGCGACGACGUGCGCGUGCCCGAAGGGGUUCUCCGGCGACGGCGUGCGGUCGUGCGUCGACGUGGACGAGUGCGUGACGUCGUGCAAGGGCGAGCACAUGACGUGUCAAAAUUUGGUGGGGUCGCACGAGUGCGCGUGCGCGGCUGGGUACGUCGCGCGGUUCGACGCCGCCUCCCCGGACGGGAUCGCGUGUUUCCUCGGCGGAGGAUCAGGCGGCGGAUCCGGCGGGCGCGUCGUCUUCGUCGCGUUCCUCGUCGUCGUCGCGUGCGCGACGUGCGCCGCCGGAGGGUUUUGGCUCUACCGAAGGAAAGUGCGGUCGUACAUGGACGCGGAGAUCCGGGCGAUCAUGUCGCAGUACAUGCCGCUGGAGGACGAGGGCGAGGACGGGGAGCAGACCGGCGGCGUCGCGCAAGGGAAUCCGUUCGUGGGAGGAGGUGCGGCGGCGGGGAGGCACGACAGGACGGGGUACGUCAUCGGAGGGGACGCCCCGGACGACGACGAGAUUCCGACGGACAAGGAGAUGACGACGCUCGGGGGAGGCGGCGGGUUCAACGCGUGAACGCUCGCCGCGGGAUGGACGCUCCACGAUGACGAUGGAUGUAUUAUCACGCGCGCGAACGCGAACGCGACGGCGACGACGACGACGACGUCGACGACGGCGAAACGAGACUAUCAUAAAGUGCGCGGCGCCGACGACGCGCGCGAUGAACGAAAGAACGCCGACGAACC